AUGGCUAAUGGAUUUAUUUCAUCUAACGAAAUAUUAGAUGCUGAAGAUGUUGGUGAUAGUGUGUGGCAUGAAUUGUAUUGGAGGUCAUCUUUUCAAGACAGUGAGACAGAUGUAUUUGGCAGGGAUAAAAGGAAGGUUGCUUGCCCCUCAGGGAAGGUUGACUUCCCUAAAGAAUUUAAGCACGUCCUAUGUUGUCAAGGAAAAAUGUUUCCUUGUGGCAGAAUUAGGAUCCUUGAAGCUGAAAGGAUAUCUUCAUCUCAGGCCUCUGGAGAAAGUAAAAGUGUAAAGGAUGCCAAAGAAGCCAAUAUGUCAAGGAAGCAACUGAAUAAGUUAUUAUUGUCAUGGAACAAAAAUGAAGACUGGGAAUCACAAGAGAAUGUUCAAGAGAUUCUGGAAGUACGUCAACCAGAUGUUGAGAAGAUGUUCAGAACAAUUUGA